AUGUGCUUAUCGACAGAAAUGAGCGAUGUCACUACCAAUCCUACAAAAGAACAACAAAUACCUCAAGCCGAUAUCCCUUUGACCGUCCCUUCCUCUCCUCCUAACUCCUUGCAACCUUCUAAUCCUCCGAAAGUCAAAUCGAAGAAAAGUCGGAAACCUAAACCACGUCGUCGUGUUGCGGCGUCAGACGAGUCGGAAGGUGAUCAAGCGUCAGAUACAGAUGACAAUGACACUGACGACGACGCCUCUCUUACCUCAGAUGACGAGGGUCAAGAAGGUGACAAACAUGUUUCACCAGCUUCUUCUGCUUCGCCACAGAAGACCACUGAGACUUUGAGUAAACCAAUAUUUGCCGAUGCCAAAUCUACUACACCUCUAGGAUGGACCGAUUCGACCGAGCAACCCACCGAAGUUGUGUCCUUUGGCGACUUGAACAAAAUUGCGAAUGUGGCGAAAAUGGAGAAUGGGAACGGGAAAGAGAAAAAGGAACGGACAAAGCAGGAUGAAGAACGUAUUGCGGCUCGAAAGGCCAAACAGAAGGAAAAAUCGAAAGCGAAACGUGAAUUGAAGAAAAAGGAACGCCAAGCGGCAAAACUAGCAAGCAAGGGUGAUUCUCACGUCACCGCAACUACUCAGGCUCAUACGAAUGGGUCGAAGAAUGAUCAACACUCAGUCGAUUCACUCAUCACUCCGACAUCCGCAUUGACUAUCGAUAGUUCCAUUACUACAAUACAGCGGCCCACGUCAAAUCUCUCUGCGACCCCUGCCGGACAACCUCGAAACGGAAGAACUAGCAAUCGCGAAGUUCAACCUCAAGAUUCAGCUUCUAAAUCUCGUGGCGGUGGCUUCUGGACGCAUGACCAAGGGUUGCCGUCGGAAAGCGGGGCGGUGGGAGAGAUGAACGAUUUCAGGCAAUCGAACGAGUAUGGGCGCGGGCGCUUCUUACCUCGCGGAGGUAUGCGUGGUGGUUUCCGAGGAAGAGGUAGGGGAAUGGCAAACAUGUUUAGACCAGGCGAGAACAGGGCACAUCAACGAUACCCACAAGCAGAGCUUCAACCGCAAGUCUCGAGCGGUGGCGGUUUACGAAUGGACGAGUUAGAACGGGAAUUGGAGCAACGUGAACGUCAACGAGCUGAAGCCAAGGCAAAGGCCGAAGCAGAGGCGAAAAUCGAGAUUCCAGAGCAGCCUGUCGAGGAGAAGCCCGAUGUACCUAAAUCUCAGCCACCCGUGUUGCGCUCAGAGAAGAAGUGGGGACAUGAGGGAUUCGAAGCACAGCUGGCUACAGAAGUUCAAGUUCCUUUCAAUCCUUUUUUACGAGGUAGAGGUCGAGGUAGAAAUCAACGUGGAUUCCCUCACCUGGCUGGCUUUGGUCCUCAUCGACCUUUCCAACCUGUAGCGAGAAACAUGAUCGCGGCCCAAAACCAUACUGAACCCUCACCACUGUCCAAAACAGAUUCACUUGUAACAUCUCUUCCUGCUGUUGACAAAUUUGCUGAAGCGAAUUCGACUGCUCCUACCGCUGAGAAACUUCUGGCAUCAUCUGGUGUCACUAUACGUCUACCUGGAUCUACGGCAAGCACGACAAUUUCCAUUCCUACUGCACCGACAUCCAGUUCGAACCAGAUAUCCCAAUCCAGGGCUUUGACUGCUCUUCCCUCCACAACAUCCGCUGCUCCUUCCCCUCACGUUCCUUCCGUACAACCUGUUCCCUCCGUCACAUCCGCCCCUUCCGCUCCACCGUCUUCUACCCUUUCUCAAAUCUCACGUCUCCCUCCAAUUUCCCAACUUCCUCCCUCAUUCGUCCCCGGUCAACCAUAUCAAGGCUCGACCCAUCCUUCCCCUCAACCAUAUCUCACAGCAAACAACACCGGUUCUCUAUCCUCUGGUGCUUUUUCACAACAACACACCGGUUCUUUCCCACCAGCAGAAUACUAUUCCCCAACUCCACCACUCAUAUCUCAUCCUCAUGUUAACCCAUAUGCUCAAAGAAAUGAAGAAAUAUAUUACGCUCAAGAAUUUCAACCUCGUUCUUCUUUCUCUGCGCCUGUACCUGUCCCUUCACCACCCAUGUUCUUUCCUCAACAAUACGACACCAGAUCACCAUCACCUUACACACCCAUGCCUAUGAAUAUGCAGAUGCAACAAGGUAUCAUACCUAAUAAUUUAACUUCGGAAUACUUUGUCCCCGCUCAAAAAGGUCAGAAAAUAUCAAUCCGACGUCCAGUCGAUAAAGAUAAGGUUGAAACUCAGUAUGCUCGUGUUAAUUCGAUCAAUGCGAAUGUACAAUAUCCUUCGACACAUUACAACCCUUAUGCCGCGGGUCAGAACGGUAUGAAUGGGAAUGGAGUUAAUGGGAUGAACGGAGGAGGCAUGUAUUAUCAAGGAGGAGGGUAUCAAGUCUCAGCUUAUGGGUAUGAACAAUAUGAUUAUUGA